AUGCGCUUCAAAAAGUUUUACGCAACUGUUUCAGAAUUGGCAAGAAAUUAUUCCCAUCAAAAUGCGUUUCAUCUGCUUCAUCGUCUUCCUCAUCCAACUGAGUUACACUCAAACCAUCGUUUCAAACCUUUAGCUCAGUUUGAAAUUGAUGACUUCAUAAAAUUUGAGGAGCCGCAAACAGAACCGUUGGAUUUGUCAAUGACAAGAAUGAUUGAGAAACGGAUUGGACCAUCAGAUUUAUCACUGCAAAGAGAACCGUUGGAUUUGUCAAUGUCAAGAACACAUAUGGGGAUUCAUAAAUUUGAGGAGCCACAAACAGAACUGUUAGAUUUGUCAAUGACAAGAAUGAUUGAGAGACGAAUUGGACCAUCAGAUCUAUCAGCGCCAGAGAUAAGUGGGGGACAAGUAGAACUCAGCGAAAUUGAUCAGAAUGAUGCAAGACCGUUGAACCUAUCAGUUCAAGAAGUGAGUAAGGAACAAACAAAUACAGGGAUUGAACCUAAGACAUUGUCCCUUCAAAAGGAAAUCUCAAGGCUGGAAGAACAUACGACUAACACACCUAAGACGUCGUUUAAAUGCAAAACAUGCGGAAAGGGUUUUGCUCGGUCAUCGGAUAUGAAGAAACAUGUGAGAAUUCACACAGGUGAUAGGCCAUUCAAAUGCGAAAUAUGCGGGAAGGAUUUCAGAAGGUUAUGGGAUCUGCGUUUACAUAAGAGAACUCACACAGGUGAUAAACCGUAUAAAUGCGAAACAUGCUGGAUGGGUUUUGCUCACUCAUCAAACAUGCGUGCACAUAUGAAGACUCACACAGGUGAUAAAUCGUACAAAUGCAGAACAUGCGAGAAGAAUUUUGCUCAGUCAUCGGGUCUGAGUCGACAUAUGAGGACUCACUCAGGUCCUUAA